GCUCGGGCGCGGGGCGCGCUGUGAGCGGCGCGGGGCGAGGAUGGCGGCGCUGCGGGCGCUGCUGCUGCUCGGUGAGUGCGGGCGCGGCGCUCCGUCAGCCCGGGGUUCGGCUCCGUGCGGCGCUGCGGGGGCUGCGCGCCCCGCCCGGUGGAGCCCCGCGCUGGGGGGGUGGGCGGUGGGCAGCGCCGCGCUGCGCUGCGCUGCGCUCCGGGGGCGCCUCGCUUAUUGCCGGGCCGCGCUCUGCCCGCAGCCGGUGGCACCGCGGCCCGCAGGGUGUGCGCGGCUCUGCACGGCUCUGCGGUCGGAGCGGCUAUUCGCUGAGUCAACGCUUCUGGAAAGGCACAAAAAUCCCGAACGGGAGAUGUCCUUCUGCCGGGGCCUUCAGCUCCCCAAGGAGAACCUCCGAGGAGAGGAGCGAGCGGAUGAGAUCCCGGCGUUAAGGCGCUUGGGCGGCUCUGCUGGCUGAGCCCGGGCUGCCAUCUGCCUCCCGGCGCUCCCUCCGCCGUGGGGAUGCCGUGCCGGCGCCCGCUCCCCGCCUGGCCCCGUUCGUCCCCGUGGCGGUGGGCGCACGGCCCGGACCUCGCUCCCCCGCGGCCACCGAGCGGAGGGAGGGAGAGGGGAGAGGCAGCGGGCGGCCGGGCGCUUCACAAAGACGCGAGGGCGGUGAGGCCCGGCUGCGGGUAUCUGCCGGGGGAACCUGACACUGGUAUUUUCCUUCCCUUCCUUGCCAUUCAUCCGCCGGUCAAGCCGCGGAGAUCAAAGCCGUCCCCCGGCAAUUACACGUGGGCCUAAGUCAAUAGCCGGACCCGCACCUCUCUCGGUGAAUAAACACUCCUUCCUCUCUGAGCGUUUCCAAGCGCAGCCCUCAGAGCUGGAAUGCGAACUAUUCCGCGGAGCAGCGGGUGUUUCCACAGCCCGCCGGGUCCGGCGGCUCGGAACAACCGCGCAUUUAGCAGCGGGCGCGGGCACAAACGUGCCCUUUGUGAGCGCGGGGAAAGCCUCCCCUCCCCGGGUCGGGAUUGUCGGUCGGGACCCCGGGGAGACGCCCGGGGAGCGGGGAGCAUCUCCCGGCUGCGGGGAGCCGCGUUCCGUGGGCUUCGGGGCUGCGGAAGCGGCCGGCGGCGCGUCGGUUUGGGGGCGUCGGGGUGGUCCCGUGCCGUGCCCGCGGAGACGUUUGGGGGCCGUCCGGUUGCCGCUCGGUAACGCCGUGCGCCCCGCUCGGGGAGCAGACGUUAUCUGGUGCCGCGGGGCUGCGGCGCGCCGUGCCUCGUGCCCCGGCGUGCCCGGGGAGCGGUCCUGCGGCCGGGCUGGGAGGAUCGGCGCUCCGUGGGAGAGCCGGUGGGCGGCGGGUGAGGCCGCUGCGGGGCGGCAGGCGCUCCGUGGGGCCGCCGUGGAGGUGCGGAGGUGUUCCCCGUGAGCCCGCAGCGGCGCGGGCACGCGGUGUGCGCGGGUCGGGGCGCUGCCCGAGAUCACGGGCGCGGGUUGACGGUCCUUUGAUGACGUCCUUUCCAACCUCGGCGAUCCGUGGUUCGGAUCGUCCCGUCCGAAGGGUUGUCCCACGCUCCCCUUCGGCACGGGACGGGGAUGAGCCGUCGCUGCCCCGCAGGUCACAGCAGGGACUCCAUUUUGGGCCGUGCCUUUGUUUGGGGAAGCGCUCGGCAGCAAGUGCCAUCCCCGCGUCUCUACCUGUGCUUCCUUCCCAUCUGCGCGUCCCCUGCUGAGGAGCCGCGGAGGAUCCUCGAGCCAAACACAGGCGCUCUUUGUUUCGAAGCAUCAAUCCGUGUUGGCAGCCAGGUCUGCAGCCCAUGUGCUUCUCAUUGACUGCUGCUCCGGCUCCGUUCCUCGCUCCGAGUGCCAGCAUUUCUUUCUUUAUUAUUAUUAUUCUUUAUUUUUUCGUUUUAUUAUUUGAUACAAAAACGUUUUUGCCUGAGUUUAAAAGGCUGAGCCGUGCGGUACUUGUACGCUCAGUGUAAGCCUUGCUGUUUCUUGGAGGCACAGUCCUUGCCUACACGUGGAAGAGACGGCUCUCCUGCCCCGUGGGAGGUGACCUAUGCGUGCUGUCCCAGCAGCAGAGAGGGAAGGGGAUCUGGGUGCAGCUUGCAGCUUCCAGGAGCCGGGGCAGCAGGGUGCCACUGCCAACCCUCCGUGGCAGGCAAAGCCCCGGUUGAAACAGAGCAGGCUUCUGCUGAGUUUUGGGUGCUUGUGGGCUGGGGUGUGCUCAGGGCCCCUGGGUGCCCGCGUUGAACUUGUGGUGUCAGGUGGUGGGGACUUUGGUGAGGCCGGGACGGGUUAUGGCAGCCUUCGUGUGCUGCAGGGAAACUGGUAUGGGCAGGCUCCCAUCUGGGAAACCAGGUGGCACAGCAGCUUUUGGCUCUGUGAACCUUCCAGCUGCGGUGAGCAAGGUGGUGCAGGCUGGGAAAGGCAGCAGCACUCCUGGGGCUGGUGAUGGGAAUGGGGGCUCCUUCAGGAUGAGGGACGUGGUUUAGUGGGCACGGUGGUGGCGGGUUGGCGGUCAGAAGAGAUGAUCUUAGAGGUCUUUUCCAACCAUAAUGAUUCUAUGACUCUAUGACCUGCCCUUCGACUUCCAUCCUAGGGGGCAGGGGUGCUGCUGGGUGCAGCUCUGGCCACCCUGUAUAGUGCCAGCACAGUGCCUGCCAGCUGUCACUGCGGUCCCACCAGCUCUGUACCCAACACCUGAAGUGUGAUCAGCAGCAUGGAGAGCCCAAGCCUCCUCCUGGCUGCAGAGGGGAAGGCCAAUGUGUCCGUGGGCAGCUCAGGCUGGGCCGUCCUCUCUCUCAAACGCUGUGCUGGCACGAAAUAGGCACGGUGUUGCUUGAGACCUCAGAUAAACACUUUCCUCAUUAGGGUGGCUUGUUGGCCUCUUCAAGAGCACAAAGAAAGCCUUUGAUUCCAAAACAGACAGCGACUCUCCAAAUGGUUAGAGGCAGGACAGGCUGUGGCUUGCAAGUGCCUUUGUUGCUCUCCGUGCGGCGUGCUUUGGUGUGUGUCCCUGCAGCCCCAGGGAGGUCCACUGCCUGCUCUGUGGCAGCCACCAGCAGUGCCCACGUCGGUGGGAGGAGAGCUGGUGUUCCUCGUCUCUCCCAGCAGGAACAAGAAGCACAACCGGCUGCCUGGUAGGGCUCCGUGCUGGGCUGCGCGUGCAGCUCUCCCACACCAUCCCUGCGAGCAGAGAGGAGUUCGUGCUGCUGAGGAGAGUCAUUGGGUUGCCUUGCUGGCUGCAGCUGCCCUGGAGAAGGGCCAGCGUGGAUAGUCUCCUCCAGCAGCUGAGGGUUCGUGCGGAUCGUUGCAGACCAAAGAAAACAGAGCUUCCUGCGUGUUGCUCGUUGUUUUCCUUGGUCCCUCUCCUGCCUUGCUGCCUGUCCUGAGCACUGGGAGCAUCCUGAGGUGGUGAGCACGCCGAGAAUGGCCAGUCCCCAGGAUGAGCCUUCUCCUGUAGCCCCAAUGGUGGCUGAACGUCAGCCGGGCGUCUGGAGAGCUCUGCGUCCUCCAGCCAGGUUCAAACAGAUGUCUAGCCAGCAAGUGAAAGGCUAGCUGUGGAGGUGAUAGAUGUGACUUCUCCAUUGGGUUAGCUCCUGAGGGCUCUCCUUGUUGCCUGGCUCUGAGCUGUGGUGUCCACAUCGAAUUGUAGCAUCUCUUGUGUCUUCCGGAGCCAGGCCACCACUGAUGGGGAGGGAGAUAUCAGAGCGGGGCUGCUGAGGCUGUCAGGUGAUUGCUGGAAAUCACAGAGACCUUUAGGGUAGAAAUUGUGGGCCUUUCUGUAAGUUGGAGCUUUGCUUUGGGCAUAUCUGCAGCAAGCAUUCUGCACAGUUAUCGAUUUGUGCCCUGCUUACAGCUUCCCACACAGUGACUUGUCUCCACUUUUAGCACAGAGGUAAUGGAGCAGCGUUUCACCAAGAAGCUGCCUUUUAAUUAAUAUUGCAUGAGCACAGGAAAUACUAGCUUCUCUGUCUACUUGCCUAUUUCUGUGGCUUUUAAUAUAGGUUCAUAAUUGGCCCCGAUGAAAAUAAACACGGAUCUGUGCCUUUCUGUGCCCUCUCUGCCAACGGGGAAGGAGAAGGAGCGAGAUGGAGCCUGCAGUCCUGUGGGGCGUGGUGAGAGGCAGGUAUGGGGAGCUGCGGGUGAUGCCCAGCAGGCAGGCAGGGUGACAAGGAAUGGAAAUGAGCAGGCAGUGCGUGGCAGUCUGUUGAUGAGUGUCCCUACAAUGCUGGUGAGCCUGUAGGAACAGGAGGGGCACCGCCACAGCCGGUGGAGCGGGCCCCUUGCAGGUCUCUCCUCAGUGGCCUUUUGGCAGCUCUGCUUGGCUCCAGUGCUGCUGGGAGCACGGGGCAUGUUUUGACUGCUGGGAAGAGCCGGUGUGUCGUCCGGAGUGCCUUUCCCAGGAGCUUUUCUUGCCUUUGAAGGGGAGAGGAGCAAACAGGUCGAACCUGCAUGAAACCAAGUGGAGAAGCAGGAUGCUCCAGAGGCUCGCUCACCUCAAGCUGGACCCAUGGCACAGCCUGGGCUCCAGCCUGGCUUUGACUCCGUCCCUCCACACCCUCCUUUUGAGGCUGGAGGGACGGCUCUGGGUGGGCUCAGAGUCCCUGUAUAUGCCGUUCGCCUACAGGGGAUGGCAGAAUGGAGGGGGAUGCCAAGGUGGUUGGUGUGCUGGCAUCAGUGCAAGUUCUUGUCUGCACCUCCUCCUGGUCAGCCCCUCAGCUGCUGCCCCCAUGCUCUUUUGCUCCUGGGAUGCUUGUGCAGCCUGAGUUGAGCCCCGUCUACCUUGGGGUCUGCCAGGUAAGGAACCCCUCUGCCCGUCCUGCUCCAGAAAGCAAAUUCAGCAAGGCAUCCUCACAGAAUACAUCUGAGGGCCAGUGCUGGUCCGGGCAGUUUUCCUCCCUGUGGUGCAUUUGGUAGCAUCAUGCACUGAAGUACAGCAGCUCAAAUGAGUAGCUUUGGUGCCAAAUGUGCUUCGUGCUCCAGCAGACAGGCCUGGAAGGUCUCACUAGCAGGGGUGUAGGCUUGGGCACUGGGCUGCCAGCCUGGCACCAUGGCCAACAGCAGCAGCUGCUGUUCUGCGCCUGCAUGGUGAUGGGGCGGCCAGCCUUCCUGGGAAGCUUCAUGUGUGUGCUUCCCCUCCUUGUGAUGUUUCCCUUGUCCUGGCCUCCUCCUCCUCCUCCCCCCACAUCCCUCUCUCAUCUCUGCAGCUUGAGCUUCUCUUCUCUGGGCUGGCUGGGGCUCCUGUUUGCUGAAGGGGAGCACCAGGCAGCUCCACAGAGCUUACACUGGUGUUUCCCAUCAUCUGCUGGAAAAGACGAGGAAGGGAGGAAAGCAUGAAGCCCCGGCCAGGGGCUCCUCCGUGCACGCAGCACUGUUGUGAAGUCCUUCUUGGCUGGAUUUGGGGUACAGGAGCCAGAGUGAGGGGGUAUGAAGAUACAGCAGUGACUGCUAGCAUGAUGCUUGUGUGACCUGGUAGGUCAUGCGUCGUGCUUGGGCUUGGUGAUCUUGAAGAUCUUUUCGAGCCUAGGUGGUUCUGGUCCUGAUUAUCAUGAGGCAAGAUCUUGAGUGGUCGUAGAAUUGUGGAAUAUCCGGAGUUGGAAUGGACCCAACUUGUUUUGCAAAUUCUUGUACAACAGAUUAGACGAGGUGUGUGACUUAACAAGAACCGGAGAGCUUCAGGCAGAGGCCACCAGCAGUGAAUGAAUGAAUCAGUGGUCAUGACAAUCUACAGCACGUACUGAGCUCUGACAAAGAGCUUUCAUAGAAUCACAGACUAUCCCAAGCUGGAAGGGCCCCACAGGGAUCACCGAGCCCAACCCCCGGCCCCACACAGCACCCCCAGCCCCAGUGUGUGAGAGCGGUGUCCCAGCGCUCCCUGAGCUCCGGCAUCGGGGCCGUGCCCACUGCCCUGGGCAGCCUGUGCCAUGCCCACCGCCCUCUGGGGCACAGCCUUUCCCUCAGCCCCACCCGCCCUCCCCUGACACAGCUCCGUGCCGUUCCCUCGGGCCCCGUCGCUGUCACAGACAGCAGAGCUCCGCGCUGCCCUCCGCUCCCUGUGAGAGCUGCGGCCGCCAUCGGGCCUCCCCUCAGCUCCUCUGCUCUGAGCUUGGCAAACGAAGAGGAAGCAAUGCAAUCUGGUUGCUGCAGGGUCUCUCCGUGUGCCCUGAGCCGUCUCUGUUGCUGGCAGGACCUUCCUGGCCUUUCAGUGUCACCUGAGCAAUCCUACACCACCAAAGGGGUUUUGCAUGGCCUAUGCCUUUUGCAUUCUCAUGGGCCCUCACUUAAUUUUGGGGAAGCAUGGUGUCAUACUUCGAGGCCGCGGUGCAGGGAGCACGUGGCUCAUCCUGACUUUGCUUGGCAUCUGUCUGCUGUGUUCCCUUCAAUGGGAGAGGAGCAAAGCAGCCUUGCUGCGUCAGCCUUCAUAGGGUCAUGGAAUCACAGAAUCAUCUGGCUUGGAGAAGACCCUCAAGAUGACUGAGUCCAGCUGUCCAUCAGACCCACUGCAUCCAUCACUUAACCGUGUCCCUUAGUGCCACGUCCACGCAUGUCUUAAACACCUCUAGGGAGGGGGACUCGCUGCGUCCCUGGGAAGCCCAUUCCAUUCUUGACCACCCUUUCCAUGAAGAAAUUCUUAAUGGUGCCCAACUUAAGCCUCCCCUGGCACAAUUUGAGACCAUUUCCUCUCAUCUCAUCACUCGAGGCAAGAGUCUGACGCUCUCCUUGCUGCAGCCUCCUUUCAGGCAGUUGUAGAGCAAUGACUUCUCCUGUCCUUCUCCAUACCGAGCAGCCCCGCUUCCCUCAGCCGCUCCCCAUCACACUGUGCUCCAGAGCCCUCACAGCUCCGCUGCCCUUCUCUGGACACGCUCCAGGCCCUCAGUGUCUUUCUCGCAGUGAGGGCCCGGCACUGAGCGCAGCACUCGAGGUGCGGCCUCACCGGUGCCAGUGCGGAGGGACGGUCACCAUCCUAGCCUUAUUAGCUAUUCUAUUUCUCGCGCAGGCUUCUUGGCCACCUGGGCACGCUGCUGGCUCCUGUUCAACCCAUCCGGACCAGCUGUGUCUCCAACCUGCUGCACGCUGCUGGUAGCACGCGUCAGCCGUAAAUCAGCGUUCCGGAGGAGGCCGGGGAAUAUGCUGGAGGGCUCCGAGUGCGCCUGGGAGAGUCAGUUGGCAGCACCAGUGGGUGCAGUGAGCUCAGCGCUGGUGCUGAGUCACCCUCAAAGCAUCUGUGCUCCUCAGUGGGGCUUGGCAGCCCAGCCGGCACAAGGUCUGCGCAGGAGCCUUUGGCUGACGGGCCGUUAAGGAGGGUUUAAUUGAGCCAGCAGGAUAUCCAGCUCCGACCGCCAGGCUUGCAGCCUUCUCAUCUCGCUUGCUGCUGUGUCUCGAGGGCCUGGUGGUAUUGGCUCUAGCUUUGACUUGAAGGUCAGGCAGCGCCUGAUGUACUUCUCUGUAGUGAUCCUCUGCAUUGCAGGGCCAGUGGGCUCAGAGGUUCGUGCCUCUCAGUGCGAGAAGGCCAGUUGGGCUCGGGUGGCUGCGGGCCACCACACAGCCCUGUGCACUACAUCCUUUCCCUGGGGCUGCUCCCACCAGAGGUGCCCACGUGUGCUCUUGUGAGAGCUGCCAGGAGCACGGGCACAGCCCUGCGUGCAGGGCAUGGUUCAGAGCGAUGUCAGCCCACUUUCCAGACGGCCACGGAGUCGUUCUGACCAAGGCCAGUUGUGCUGGUUCAGCAGCCCCAGUCAGCUGUGGGAGCCACCGUAGCUGCUGGGAUUCCCUGGCCCAGUCUAGCAUCCCCACUGCAGGAGCAAGGUGCUGGGCAUCCGCCAUCCAGCCAAGACUGCUAGAGAAUCCCUUGGCCUUGGGGAGACCACCUGCCUAGCAUGCAGGCUAUCCCACCAGACUGUGAGCAGCCCUGCUCUUUCUGAGAGUGAGGAGGAACCUUCCGGGGUGGUCCCAUCGCUCCAUGGGUUCGGAGUGGUGUUCCUGUUGCUGUACUGGACCCCGCUCCCCACCACCACCCUGUCCCCAGCCACGUCGCUUUGGGUGGCUCUGCUUUUAUCUUGCUGCCUGGAGGCCAUGCAGGUAAGCACGAUCCUCCUGCAGAGCUUUUCUCUGGUUGAUACUGGGAUGUUCUCCCACAGUAGAUGUUCAAGCAGCUCCUGUUCCUGCUUUGGGACUGCUUGGGGUGGACUGCUCCCCUUCCCACGGCCAUCUGCCCCCAGCACGGUGCUGUGAGCACCGCCUCCAUGUUCACUCCGUGACUGAUUUACAGCCCCCGACCCCCUGGUGGCUUUGUUCUGCUUUCGUGCAAUAACUGCUCAGAAAUUGGGCUGUGCCGUUCCCAAGGACGGGCCCGGGAAGGGCAGGGAGGGUUGCUGGAGGGGAAUCCCCACAGCUCCCAAUCUCUCUGAGCAGUGCUGGGGAGGCUAAUGGGAAUUGCACUACGUGGUUAUGGGGUUUUUUUCUCCCUCUUCUUUUUUUUUUUUCCUCGAUUCUAAAGCUUGAUUUGAAGGGCUGAGUUGGAUUCCUGGUGGUUGCCCUGUGUGCGGAGGUUGGUGGGGAGAGGUGCUGUGGUCCCCACUGCGGAGCAGCUGAGGCUCAAUGUUCUGCUGGGAGCCAGGAUGUUCCCAAACAAGGGCCUGCAUCUGCCAUGCAUCGCAGGGCUCCUGCUGUGGGCCGUGAUGUUCUGUGGUGUCCGGGGCCUGGUGCAAAUGCAGUCUUGCAUUGUCACACAGGGAUGGAGGUGAGGAAAGAGCGAUCCAGCUCUGCAGUUUUCAUCCGGGACCCAGGCCAAACUGCGGGAUGUGCUGUGAGAUGAGCAGAUGCUUCCAGCUGUUACAGGAUUGGGAUGCCUCCGUGUGUACUUUGAACUUGGGUUGCUUUCCCUCUGGAUCAGUAAAUCCCACUUGAAAGGCUGCGUAUCUGGGUGCUUUGCGGCAGGGCUCUCGGAAGGAUUUCUGGUCCCUUUUGGUUGCCAGGUGUGUGGCAUGGCCAAAGGGACAAAGAGAGUGUUUUCUUGCGUCCUUCGUUGUCUUGGCCUGCUCUUGGAGCUCCUGGUGCUGGAAGCCAGAGCCACUCUAACACAGCAUCUCUUGGAAAUGCAGGGUUGGACCCAUCCAGCUGUGCCGGUGACUCACAUAGGGAUAAUCUUUUUCCCAGGCAUGGGGCAAGUUUUUCUCUUUACUUUAACUAGAGUGGGACACAUUGUGGUUUUAAAAGACUAACAUGAUGGGUGCCCAAAGGCUUUCCAGAUGUUGAGCUUGCUCAGACCAGACCCGCCAUGCUCGGAGCUCCUUGCCUGCAUCAAACCAUUUCCAUCUGGCCUGGCGGGGGAGAGGGCUUUAUUGCAACUCGACCCAUUUGAGAGGCUUUCUCAACUGGAGCCUCUCGCAGAGAGGAACGUGCUGGCUGGAAAUCAUUUGGAGAUGCAAAUCUCUCCGGGUGUUUGGCUUGGCUGCUGUUUCUGCAGUAUCUGCUAAGCAGUGGAAUAGGCUGUGCACGGAGCAGGCGUGCUCCGAGCGGCUGCUUUACGUGGCUGUAGGGACCAACCCACCGGGCAGCGGAGUUGCUUGUGUUAUUCAGCUGUAAGGAUUGUUUCUUGCCUGCUUCUACGGCUUCAGCUGGUGCAAGUGAGCGUGCUGCCUCCGUGUUUGAGACCAGGACGGGAUGAAAAGCUGACCCGUGUGUCGUUCCGUGCCAAAACUGUGCAUUUACAGGAGCGUGUUUGUAAUGAACUGUGCCAGGAAACACAUGGCUUGCUCGAGCUGUGAAUGGGAGGUCUGUACGGGGCCCUGCGCACACUGAGAGCCUCGCCAGGACAAAGAGCAGAUGCUGGCGUGCCGUUCUUGCUUGGUGGCAAGGCGCUGCUGGCAGGAAGGAAUGGCUGCUGGCAGUUUGGGGUGAUGGACCUCCACGGGGUGGGAGAGAGAGAAAAGGGCGGUUCUCCAUGUCUGGAUGGAGAUUAUUUGAUCCUGAGUUUGGGGCUGCCCAUCCCACGUUGAGCUCCCUGGGGCAUGGGACUCGAGAGCGAGCCGCUCGGUGCUUUCUGCUGACGUUGGAUGCUCUUUUCCUAUGAAGGCUGCCUCUGAGGGGUGCUGCCUGAUGGCUGAGCCAGCAGUGUGCCCUGCAGCCAGAAGGGGCAGCCGUACCCUGGAUGCUGCACUGCCAGCGGGUGACUGUCCCCUCUUGCUCUGUGCUGCACAGCUUCACCGCCGGCACUGCCUGCCGUCUGGGUGCCGCAGUACAAAAAGGACGUACCCAGAAGUACCCCUGGCAUCCUCUCUGCAGAAAAGUGCCCUUUGUGGUCACUGCAGGGUGCCCAGCUCCUUCCGCAGUGUUUGAGCUCCUCUCUGCCAGGCGGCCAUGCCCUGUGCCAGAACGCUUUGGAGGAGCUGGCUGGUUUUGCACCUGGCUCUUUCCAUUGCACCCUGGUACCUUUGGUGUUGGUUUUUUUUGCCCUCAUCAGCCAGGCGGAUGUGAGGCCUCCUGCUGAUGGGAGAAGAGGAUAGUUCCCUUCUGGGGAGGACACAUGCGGUGUGUAUGCUCUGGGAUUUGCCUCCCUGAGCUCUGCAGAUGCGUUGUAGCUCCUCUCAUCCAAAUACCCAGCGUUAAAGGAGCUGGCUUGCACAUGUGGCAGGGCCAAGGCAGGGUGAACUUUGCAGAAUCACUCUGGGAGGCAAGGCUGCAGGAUAGCACUGCUGUGGCCUAGCUGCAAGCUGCAGAAGCCCCACAGACCUUUCCAAACCAGGAAACCUUAAAACCUUUUCCUAAUUCCUAUUCCCACGCCUUUAGCGUGUUUGGUGGCUAGCAGCUUUGGGAUUACUCACAUCCUUACGUCAGCCAUGGUGUCUCAAGAGCCAGCUAACCUAGACUUCUGGGGGUCAAAAAGAAUAGUAUGAGUCCUUUCCUUAUCCCCUUGUGUCCUUAGCCCAGAGCUUGCCCGGCUCCCUGAUGCCAGGGUAUGGGUGGCUCGUGGUGGGGAGGGGUGUGGAUGUCCCAAAGCAAUGUGCAGCACCGCUGCCUGCUCCCAGCUCUGCUUCCCAGCGCGGCUGUAGGUGAGCUGCAGGCACGGCAGGGAUCGGGGCUGUGCAGCAGCUGAGGGCUUUGUGGUCUGAGGCUGCAUUCCCCAGCGAUGUCGUUAGGCAGGGAGACAAUGAACUUUUCGGAUCGCUUCAAGAUGCGGGGCAGGGAGUGUGCUGCCUGGUCUCCUCGGCUCGUGCAGAGCUGCAGCAGCCAGAUGGGCUUGGAGGAGCUUGGGAGGAGGGCGUAGGGGCCAAGUCUUGGGGGCAUCCCAAGCCCAAAAGGUGCACUGAGAUCUGCUUUGGUGGAAAUUCAAGCCGGAAAUGCAAGAGUUUGCGUGAGGGCGUCUUCCUGGGAAUCUGCCGUUUGCAACCUUAAAGAAAUGAAAUUAAUUUUGAGCAGAGCGAUACGUCGGUGCGCGAAGGGUGCUGUGUUCCUGGAUCUGGAUCCUCGCCAUGAGAAUGCUCUCGGAGCUGGGAUGUGGCGGAGCCUCCUCUCCUCUUCCCACUGGUGCCUGUCCCUUCCCUUUGUGGGGUCUGGGAAUGCCACCGGGGGACCCGCAGGUACCGGUGCUGCUUUCCUGUACCAUUCACUCAACCUCCGUCAGCUGCCUCACCUGCACGCUUCUGUGGUGCCAUUAAAUGCACCUCGGGUGAAACUGCACUGGGUGUUUGCAAGCGUGCCGAGUUUAAAACCACGUUUAUCCAACUGGGCUGAAGCUUUCCUGAAGAGCUCUCUGUAGCCACAGCUAAAAUGAUUUUAGGCCAGAAACAUGUGUUGAGGGUUUCUUCCCCCAGCCGGGGAUGGUUUGAGUCACGUGCAUCUGCAGCUCACUUGUGUUGCCAGCGUGUGCAUGUAGAAGAGCUGCUUGGCUGGGCCCAGCCACACCACGAGGGAAGGGCUCUGCUCUGGCUUGUGUUUUCUGAGCUGGCUUCCUGUGCACAUAGUAGAAGUGGUGUUGCAUGAGUAUUUUUUCAGGUGGCGAUGCUGCCCAGCCUGGAUUAGCUUGUGAAGUCGCACGCCUUCCUGGAGGUGUCCGAUCAGACAGAGCGGAGCCAGCUCUGCCCUCCAGCGGUGGGGGCUCAGGCAGCGAUCCGUUUCGCCAAGGAGCCGUACUCGCAGGACGCCCUGCAUGGCCGCAGUGCCAUCCUCCGCUGCGAGGUGGAGGAGCCGGCCCACGUGGAGUUUGAGUGGCUGCAGAACGGGCUCCCCAUCCAGGACACGGAGCAGCGCUUCAAGGAAGGCAGCAACCUCCAGUUUGCUGCUGUCGACCGGCAUCGGGAUGCUGGGAGCUUCCAGUGCGUGGCGAGGAACGUGCAGACCGGGGAGGAGGCUCGCACGGCCAACGCGUCCUUCAAUAUCAAGUGGAUGGAGACGGGCAGCGUGGUGCUGAAGCAGCCGGCCAGCGCAGCUGAGAUCCAGCCCUCCUCCACGGUGGUGCUGCGGUGUCACAUCGACGGCCACCCGCGCCCCACGUGGCAGUGGUUUCGGGACGGCGCCCCGCUCCCCGACGGCCGCGGCACCUAUUCUGUCAGCAGCAAGGAGCGGACCCUCACCCUGCGCGGCGCCGGCCCCGAUGACAACGGUCUCUACUACUGCUGUGCCCGCAGCGCCGUUGGCUCCGUGUGCAGCCAGGACAACUUCACGCUGAACAUCAUCGAUGAGAGCUUCCCCCAGGCGGUGGUCGUCCCGGAGGACCUCAUCGUGACCAAGAACGAAGAGGCCAUGUUUGAUUGCCAGUUUGCAGCCGUGCCCCCUCCCACGCAGGAGUGGCUCUUCGAAGACAGCCCCAUCACCAACAGAUCCAAGACAACUGUGUUUGCCAAUGGCUCCCUGCUGAUCACCCAGGUGAAGGCCCGCAGCACCGGUGUCUACAAGUGCAUUGGCCAUGGGCAGAAGGGGAAAGCUCUCGUGCUGAAGGCGACUCUGCGGCUGGCAGAGAUCGAAGAGAUGGCACCCUUCUCCCCGAAGGUGUUGACAGCGAACCAGGGACACCGUGUGUCCUGUGCUGCCCCGCGGGGUGUACCCACGCCCCAGGUCUGGUGGGAGAGAAACCAGGAGCGGGUCCCCACUGCUGGCAGGGUGUACCAAGAGGCAGAGCAGCUCGUUUUCACUAGCAUCACCGAGGCAGAUGCGGGGAUCUAUACGUGCCAUGCUGCCAACAAGGCUGGGGAGAAGAAACAGGAGCUGAGCAUCACCGUGGCUACGGUACCCAAGUGGGUGGAGAUGCCCAAGGACAGCCAGCUGGAGGAGAGCAAGCCAGGAUACCUGCAUUGCCUCAGCAAGGCCUCUCUGAAACCUACAGUCACCUGGUACCGCAACGGCGUCUCCAUCUCCGAGGACUCACGCUUUGAAAUCUCAGAGAACGGUACACUGCGUAUCAACAACGUGGAGGUGUACGAUGGGACGAUGUACAAGUGUGUGAGCAGCACGCCGGCAGGCAGCAUCGAGGGAUAUGCACGGGUACAUGUGCUAGAGAAGUUAAAGUUCACUCCUCCACCCCAGCCACUGCAGUGCAUGGAGUUCAACAAGGAGGUUACGGUGUCCUGCUCAGCUACUGGCCGGGAAAAACCCACCAUCCAGUGGACUAAAACAGAUGGGAGCAGCCUGCCAUCCCAUGUCAGCCACAGAGCUGGCAUCUUGUCCUUCCACAAGGUGAGCAGGAGCGACUCAGGGAACUACACGUGCAUUGCCUCCAACAGCCCGCAGGGUGAGAUCCGUGCCACCGUGCAGCUGGUGGUGGCAGUUUAUGUCACCUUCAAGCUGGAGCCGGAGCCCACAACCGUGUACCAGGGGCACACGGCCAUGUUCCAGUGCCAGGCAGAGGGGGACCCCGUGCCACAUAUCCAAUGGAAAGGGAAGGACAAGAUUUUGGAUCCCAGCAAGCUUCUGCCCAGGAUUCAGAUCAUGCCCAAUGGCUCCCUGGUCAUUUACGACGUCACCACCGAGGACUCUGGGAAGUACACCUGUAUUGCUGGCAACAGCUGCAACAUCAAGCACCGCGAGGCCUUCCUCUAUGUUGUAGACAAGCCGGCAGCAGAAGAAGAUGAGGGACCCAGCAGCCACACACCCUACAAGAUGAUCCAGACCAUUGGGCUCUCAGUGGGAGCAGCUGUCGCCUACAUCAUUAUCGUGCUGGGGCUGAUGUUCUACUGCAAGAAGCGGAGGAAAGCCAAGAGGCUGAAGAAGCACCCGGAGGGCGAGGAGCCCGAAAUGGAGUGUCUGAAUGGUGGUACUUUGCUGCAGAAUGGGCAGACGACGGCGGAGAUCCAGGAGGAGGUGGCCUUGACCAACCUGGGCAGCAGCUCUGGGGCCAGCAAGCGGCACAGCGCCGCUGACAAGAUGCACUUCCCCCGUUCCAACCUGCAAACAAUCACUACCUUGGGUAGGGGGGAGUUUGGUGAAGUCUUCCUGGCCAAGGCAAAAGGUGCAGAGGAUGCCGAGGGCGAAGCGCUGGUGCUGGUGAAGAGCCUGCAGACAAGGGAUGAGCAGCUGCAGCUGGACUUCAGGCGCGAGGCAGAGAUGUUUGGCAAGCUGAACCACGUCAACGUGGUGCGGCUGCUGGGGCUGUGCCGCGAGGCUGAGCCACACUACAUGGUCCUGGAGUAUGUGGACUUGGGGGACCUGAAGCAGUUCCUGAGGAUCUCCAAGAGCAAGGAUGAGUCCCUGAAGCCACAGCCCCUCAGCACCAAGCACAAGGUGUCUCUCUGCACGCAGGUGGCCCUGGGGAUGGAGCACCUCUCCAACGGCAGGUUCGUGCACCGGGACUUGGCGGCCAGGAACUGCCUGGUGAGCGCCCAGAGGCAGGUCAAGGUCUCAGCCCUGAGCCUCAGCAAGGACGUGUACAACAGCGAGUACUACCACUUCCGCCAGGCCUGGAUCCCGCUGCGCUGGAUGCCGCCCGAAGCCGUGCUGGAGGACGAGUUCUCCACCAAGUCAGACGUGUGGUCCUUCGGGGUGCUCAUGUGGGAGGUGUUCACGCAGGGGGAGAUGCCGUACGCCCCGCUGGCGGAUGACGAGGUCCUAGCAGGUCUGCAGUCGGGAAAGACGAAGCUCCCGCAGCCCGAGGGCUGCCCUUCACGCCUCGCCAAGCUGAUGCAGCGCUGCUGGGCGCCCAGCCCCAAGGACCGACCCUCCUUCAGCGAGCUCGCUGCCGCCCUCGGGGACAGCCCGGCCGACAGCAAAGCCUGAGCACCUUGCUGGGGAAGGAUGCGGCAGGCUGGGUGGGGGCUCUGCGGCUGCCCCCGGUGCUCCUGCGGCCUUCGCUGAGCCCGACCCCAACGCACGGCACCAGCGGCUGCUGGACUCAAAGCACAAGCCAGUGUACUUCCCCCACACACCCCCUCUCCUCCGCGGGUCCAAAAAGCCCGCGGGCUGCUGGCACCGGGCUCUCCCUCCCCGCUCGCCACGUGCAUAUCUGUCCGUCCGUCUGUGCUAGGCAUGCCUGCGGGCACGGGCCCGCCAUCAGGAACACGAAGUGCCUGGCAUAUGAAGGAGACGCUCCACCACCUUUCCCCACAUCCCUUCCCCGUGCCUUUUUUUGUACGACUCCUGGGGGCAGCGCUCUCCUCCUCCUCCUCCUCCUCCCCCUCCCCGGCGCGCUGCCUCCUCCCCACCAUAGUAUUUCUGUUACUGGAACGCAGCCUAGAGUGGGUUAGUUUGUUUGCUUGAGCGGAGGGUACCGCAGCCAAGAAUGGUUGGGUUUUUGUUGGGUUUAUAUGUGCUGCUCUCAAUAAAGAAGGCUUUUUUUUUUUUUU